AUGAAGAUGCAUUUCACUUCGUUGGCUGCCCUAGCAGUUAUGAUCACCUCGUCGCUUGCCAAAAGCACCACGUGUGAGAGUAACCAAAUUGUCGUUUGCAAAGGAAAUGGCAAUGGCGGUCUUUUGUCCCUGGGAAACAUCGCACCAGGACUUCUCGGUGACAAUUGUUCCGGAGGAGAUGUUUAUUGUUGUUCCGAGGAAGAUGUUGAACAGGUCGGUUUGAUCAACCUCGAUCUGAACGCGCAAUGCAGUCUCAACCGACUUCUUUAA